AGCAACUGGUGCUUAAGACGCGUUUGCAUCGACAACAGCACAAACAACGAGUAAUAUCGCGCUGACGCGGUUUCUCGAGGAUUAAUGCGAGUUUAAACGCGUCUUUCGGACGUUUCCAGUGGAACUGAGCAAUAUAUGAAGCGCAUCUUGAAGUUUUCGUGAGGAGGAAGAUUUCUGAGGGACAGAGUGGUUUUGGUGUUUUCUGUGAUUCAUAGUUGGCAUGUUGGAUUGUGUGUGCAUGCUGUCUGCUGUAUAACGUCGUCAUAUUCAUCCCACCUGCAUGCUACUUCUGUGUGUCCACCAUUAACGCCAUCAUGGGCGAAAACUGUGAUAACCCCCCGAUUCUCUCCUCCAAGAAGCGCUGCAGCUGCAAGCGUGAUUCCAGCUCCGAUCCGUGGCGGGAUGUGGAGCGUCUCCGCGCGGCGUUAGAGGUGGAGCGCAGCCGCAACCAUCAGGCCCACCGGCGCUUCUCUCUGGAGCUGCGGAGGCAACGGGAGGAGGCGCGCGAGGAGCGGGAGCGAGCGCUGAGGGAGCUGACCUACCGACACGAGCAGCAGAAGACGCUGGAGCUGCUGAGGCAACGGGAAGCUCUGGGCCGGGAGCGUGCGGCAGAGGUUCGGCAUCUGUUACGCUGGCGGAGUCAGGAGUUGAAACGUACAGAGAACUUGACGCUCAGGCAGACCCAAGAAGUGCAUCGUCAGCUAGCGGAUGAGAUCGCUGGUAGAUCGGCAUUUCAAGGUCUCAAACUUGGAUGCAAGGGCAACGGGGCGGCGUAUCGCAAACUCGAGGAACUCUUAAAGACUCUGCUUGCUCAGUCAGAUGGAUGGCAGGUCGCUGUCCUUCAGCGUCUCCAGCAGGAAGUGGAAUUAGAGAAGAGCUACUUCCUGUGCCACCUACUGGAAGCCCAUAGCGGGACGUCCCGCGUCGUGAAACGAUCCAGACCGAGGUCGAAGAGUUGCGUGCAUCUGCUCCCGCAAGGCCAAAACCACCCGGAAUCCUGUAAGGAAGGAAAACUCGCUCUAUUCCGGUCUCGUUCGCUAUCUCAGACGUCCCGAAGUGAUUCUCCUCAACCUAUGAAGAAGAAAAAGAAGCAGGAUUGCGAAACAUCUCCUCUCAGCUCAUCUCCAACUGAGGAUGGAGAUCUUCUAGAGGAUUUACCUGAGCCGUGUUCAUCUGAUGAGGGAUUGGAGAAGUGCUCACCAUCCAGAUGUUCAGAGGACAAUAUGGAUGAUCUGAAUGGCAGGGACUAUGGGUUCCUGGUGCAGCAGAACUCGGAGCUGCUGCGGGCGCUGGAGGAGAUGGAGAAAUCAUGCAACUCUCUCAGAGAGGAGAACAGGAUACUGAGGAAGAGCAGUUCUCCAGAGACGGAGGAGAAAGUGAAGAGGUUGAGGAAGAAGAACACCGAACUCGCUGUCAUCGCCAAACGUUUGGAGGAGAGAGCGCGUAAACUACAGGAAGCCAACCUGAAAGUGGGUCCUGUGGGAGUCAGUGAGUUUGAGCGUCUCCUGAAGGAGUCUCAGAAGGAGGUGUUGCGUCUGCAGAGGCAGCUGUCUGUCACCUCCACCAGAGACCAGAGCAGUGUGACGGCAGAAAACCCUUCAGAGAAUCAGGACCGAGACAGCAGGGUUGCGUUUGAAACCCCGCCCACAGUAGUAGAUGAGGCCCCUGUUAAGGGGGAGGAGACUCCUGCAGAGGGGGAGGAGUCAGAGACGCAAGUGAAGCUCGAGCAGGGCACAGGCUCCACCCACCAGGAAGAGCAGACCACAGAAGAGCGUCUUCAGUUGCUGGAAAGUGAGUUGGGCAAGAAGAGGAAAGAAUGUGAAGUUCUUGAGCAUGAGGUGCGGAAGAGACAGAAACGAUGUCUUGAUUUGGAGAACCAGCUAGUGGACGAGCACAGCAGAAAUGAGCACUUAGUGGAGGAGGCAGAACUCCUCAGGAGAAAGGCUCAGCUGCUCGACCAGUCGCAGGCUGAAAAUGAGGAGCUAAAGGAACAGCUCUGUGUUUUGAACGCUCAGCAUAGUUCAGUUCUGGAGGAGAACCAGCGACUCCGUGCAAAGCUGGAGAACCUAGAGCAGGUCCUAAAGCACAUGCGAGAGGUCGCCGAGCGCAGGCAGCAGCUGGAAUUGGAGCAUGAGCAGGCACUGGCUAUCCUCAAAUUCAAACAGGAUGAAAUCAAGCGACUCCAGCGGGCUCAGUUAUUUGCUAAAAGAGAACAUGAAGGUGUCGUGCAGAUGCUGGAGAAUACACUGGACUGCAUGCAGGCAAAAGUUCGUGAACUGGAGGAGAAAUGCCGCAGUCAGAGCGAGCAGUUCGGGAUGCUGUCACAGGAACUGGACAAAUUCAGGGUUCAGGCCUCAAAGAUCGACCUGUCGGACCCCAGCCUGACCCAGCUGACCAAUGGGGUCGGCCUGUCCGGCACAAAUGCCUCAUGGGAAGACAUCGCGUUCUGGAGUUUGGAGGGUAAUGAAGCCCUCUGUGAAGCCUCUGAGCUUGAUGUGGCUGCGGUUUUGCGGACGGGCUCCACUCCACACGCAGCUGAACUGUCACGUCCCGAACGCUCACCGACCGUCAAACACAGAGAGCUGCCUGCCAUCAGCGUGAAGUCCGGCUCCACGUCCAGCCCUACGCCACCCAGAUCUGAGACAACUCACCUUUCUCCCAAAUCUGCCAGCCCCCGAAAGGCCAGCCCUACACACGAGGUGGACACUGCUAGUGAAGUUGAGGAGCUGGAUAUUGAUGUUUCUCCGGCGCCGUAUUCAGUCAGUAAAGGAGCAGUGAAACUCCAGGUCUUCAUCGCACGGUACAGUUACAAUCCCUAUGAUGGUCCUAAUGAUAACCCAGAGGUCGAGUUGCCCCUCACAGCAGGAGAGUACAUUUACGUAUAUGGAGACAUGGAUGAUGAUGGCUUUUAUGAGGGCGAGCUGAUGGACGGCAGAAGAGGCCUCGUUCCCUCCAACUUUGUGGAGCGCGUGUCGGAUGAUGACUUCAUGAGCUCACACCCUCACCAGGCUGGCGAUAUGUCCCAUAAUUCCUUCCAGGAGAGCAGCUUCCACAGCGGCAGCGAGCGGCUGCACCAACACCACUUACGCUUCGCCCACAGCGCCUCCGAGAGGACGGAGACCUCCACGACAGCCUCGGCUCCUGGUGACAAUGCCAAAGCUAACCCCGCUAAACCUGCCCUGGCCAUCCUGCUCAGUAACGGCUUAGACUUGGAUCUAGAGGAGGUUGGGGUGGACACUGUGCCUUACCCCCGCAAGCUAGCGCUAAUCAAGCAGUUAGCCAAGAGUGUCAUCAUUGGCUGGGAGUCUCCACUGGUCCCGGCCGGCUGGGGUUCUGUGUUUAGCUAUAAUGUCUACGUGGACCACGAGUUGCGACUCAACGUGCCAUUUGGUACCCAAACGAAGGCCGUUCUGGAGAGGCUAGAUUUGGCGCAGAAGGCGUAUCGGAUUGCGGUGCAGUGCCUGACGGAGCGAGGCAACUCGGAUCAGCUGCGUUGCAGUAUACUAGUCGGACGGGACGUGAACGUAGCGCCGACUCACCUGCGCGUUGAACGCAUAACGGCUACCUCGGCCAGCCUAACCUGGCUGCCUAGCAACAGUAACUAUGUGCACAUUGUGUCUUUAAACGACGAGGAGUGUGAGCUGGUAAAGGCGGGAUGCUAUUCACUGUGCCUCAGCAACCUCACACCCAACAUGCAUUACAACGUUAAAGUGGAGGCCAGGCCGCACCGCACAGCCUGGGAACUACCGCCGGAGUGCAGAGAACGCAAAACCGCAGUGACCUCUUUCACAACCCAGACUGCAGGUCCUCCUGAUGCUCCUCUGGAUGUGCAGUUGGAGCAGGGUCCAUCUCCGGGAAUAGCUCAGAUCAGCUGGCUGCCCGUUACUAUAGAUGCUGCUGGAACGUCCAAUGGUGUACGAGUCACUGGCUACACUAUCUACGCUGACAAGAAGAAGGUAUUAGAGGUGUCGUCACCCACAGCAGGCAGCGCUCUGAUUGGUCCAUCUCAGAUCCAAACAUUACAGGCAGCCCGUGAGCUCACCGUGCGGACCAUGUCAGCUUUUGGUGAGUCGGUGGACUCAUUGCCGGUGAAUGUGCCCGCCAAAUUGCCUGCCAUCAUGUCCGGUGCCUCAUUGCCUCAAUGCCAGUCUGUGCCAGCCACCGCCAGUGCCCUCACGGCCAGUGCCAACCCAGAUCCUGCUGUCUAUGCCACAUCUCUCUCACCUGCCAAAUUGCCCAUUCUGCCACAUGCUGCUACACUGGAUGAACACACCACUGGUCCUGUUCGGGGAGUCUAUGUCAAUACACCCAAUGCAACCACUCGUGAGGAGUCUCCGUCUCCUGCUUCCUAUGUAGAAGCCUGGGCAAACCCAACACCAGCUGUACCAAUAUCAGCACACGAGGCACUGUCGCUAUGUACCUCACGUACUAACUCAACGGUGAGUGUAUCUACACCCAUGGUUACACCUGCACCCGUGGUCGUGCCUGUGCCUGUUGCUACACCAACAUCCAUGGCCGUACCUGCUCCCUUGACCACACCAGGACCCAUGCCCACACCAGUGUCCAUGACAGUGCCAGGUCCUGUAGUUGUGCCGGCACCUGCCACCAUGCCUGUGCCCAUGUCUGCGCCCAUACCUGCACCUACACAUGCACCUAUUGUUGAACCUGCAUCAGUGCCAGUGCAGUCUAGUGUGGCUCCUGCUGUGCAGAACCCAAGCAGAGAGACAGACAGCCCAGGAGGCCUGCGUCCUGUUGCCUCCCUCUCCGACUUCUUGGAGGACCCAUGUGCCAAACUUCACACACCACCACCACCCAGUUCCAGCUGCCCCAAAGUCAACAUCCCAGGAAAGGACCCUCUCGAUAUCCCAGAUACACACCCACUGAGGCCUCCCAAUCUGUCACCCUUUGAGUCAGAGCCCGAGGAGGACAGGGAGAACACCAGGCUCAUAUCCAUAGAGGAGUUCCUGCGACCUGUACCUCAACCUCGAAUAAAGGUCUAUGCUGGUGGUCUUAUGGACCCUCCCCCAGACUACCAUGGGGAGAGCAGUCGGUCAGAUCUGUCUGACAUACUGGAAGAAGAGGAGGAAGAUCUGUACUCUGAACCUAUCACUGACGUCUCCAGAGGUUACAGUACAGCUCCUACGGGCAGGUCUGAAAUGUGGGAACCUGACAGCGAUGAAGAAAUUUUGGAGAGGAUUAUAAAGCUCCCCCCUCAAGCCUACCACAACAAGCAGCUCUUUAGCAUCCCAGAAGUCACAGAAGAAGAAGACAACACUGAAUCUGAACCCCACACUAGGUCUUCCCCAGGCCGGUCUACUUCUGGCAAGGGCCGCCAGAGUGGACAUGAGGGUCGUCAACAUUCCCCCCACCAUCACAAUCAGGGACAUAAAAUGGAAUCUGAUUCACCCGUAGUGAGGUACAAAGGGACUGUGCCAGUCAGGACUAGACCCAGAGUGCACUACGCUGACACGGUGGACACCAUCAACUAUCUGGAUGAGGAGGAGGUGGAGUUGGACUCUGACAGUAGCCUGUACGCUGGGCCUAGUUCUGUAAGUGUGGCUGCACAUCAUACACCGCACAAAGGCCAUGGCGACCGACUCAGGAGAGAGGCCUUGCUCCGUAGCCAGAUGACUUCAGGAACAGGGCUGGGACAGUAUUUACUUAGCAAGACCAUACACCAUGUGAAGUCGCCCACUGGACCCUCAACAGAAAUUGACGUAGAGUAUGGAACCGAUAACGAUGAGGAGCCUCUGCUGUUUGAUCCUGGAGAAGUGGUGCUAGAACAAAUGAGCUCGGAGUGGUGGGUUGAAGGCGGUAACAAUGAGUACCACCACUUGCCCCUGACAUGCAGACCCCAGCCAGAGCUGCCCCAAAGCAGCCGCUCAUGGGAGGCAGGAGGAAGAGAAGCAUCGUUGGCAGAUCCAGGUGCAAUGUGGUGCGAUGUCACUCCAAAAUCGCCACGCUCUGAAAUUAGAUUACAUAGAGAGCCCAGAGCAUCUGGAGAAAAUGAGGUGAGAGUCUUUGUUGCCCUCUUCCCAUAUGAUCCUGCAGUCAUGUCACCCAAUCCUGAUGCUGCUGAAGAAGAGCUUCCCUUUAAAGAAGGCCAGAUUAUCAAGGUUUAUGGGGACAAAGAUGCAGAUGGUUUCUACCGGGGUGAGGCGGGUGGCCGUCGUGGCUAUGUGCCGUGUAAUAUGGUUUCAGAGAUCCAGGUUGAUGAUGAGGAGACCAGAGACCAGCUCCUGAUGCAGGGCUUCCUCUCCACAGAGGCGUCAAUGGAUAAGAUAGUGUGUUUUUGUGGUCACUGUAAGCAGUUCAAAGAGCGACGGUGGAUCUUGUUUCCCAGAAUGCUUUGCUGCAGUGGUGGUUCAGCUCUUUCUUUCUCACUGUGGUGCCUCAUUGCUGAUGCUAAUGCUUAUUCUUAUUCUUGUUUUCAGCUUGGUGCUUGUUUUGUGAGGUUUUGCUUUUCUUUUGGCUUCUCAUUCAUUCUUGUCUGCUACUUGUCUUUUUUUCCCCCUCGUAUCCUGUUUAAAUUUCAUAAAGACGCCCGCUUACAUGCACAGCUUCCACGCCGUCCCGCUGCACCGCCGAAACCUAGACGCUCCAAGAAAGUGGAGUCGGCUGCGGUGUGGGAUGACACGUCUGCUAUGGACUCCUCCAGUCAAGACCUCAGUCGCUCCGCCGGCCCGAUGGGAAGCUCCAGACCUCGCAGGAUGGUGGCCAUCUUUGACUACGACCCGAGAGAGAGUUCUCCCAAUGCAGACAUAGAGGCUGAACUGACCUUCAGCGCGGGCGACGUCAUCUAUGUGUUCGGUGACAUGGAUGAUGACGGCUUCUACUAUGGGGAUCUCAAUGGACACAAAGGCCUCGUACCGUCCAACUUCCUGCAAGCUUUUCCAGAGACAGAAGAAGAUGCGUCGGUGACGGAUAGCCACAGGGAUUCACAGGUGAGCCAGACAGAAUCAUCUAAGCAUCUUGAUCCCGUGAGCUCCUCUCAGCCAGGACCAAACCCCGAGCCGGACUCGGAUCAGAAACCGACCCUGAGCUCGUCUCCCCCCGCGACCCCUUCGUUCCCCGACGCCUCCCUGAUUGAGAAGAAGAAGAAAGGUUUCUUCUCCAAGGGCAGGAAGCUUUUCAGAAAGCUGGGCUCCAGCAAGAAGGAAUAGCUGUGAGCCUAAAGAUCUGCAGAUUGCACUUUUUCUCGUGUGUCGUGUCAGUUUCAGUGUGUCCGUCCGAUAGGAGAAUCUUUCUCAUUCUCUGAUUUUUGCCAUAAUGAUGCAGACUUAUCAGCGCUUUCAUCUGUCGGACUGUUUCUUCUUUUCAAAAAAGCAAAUAAUCGCAAUACUUGUGCAAAUAGGAAAAUGGGUUUGAACCCAUUAAAGCUGUGACUAGAGCUCAUGCCUGUUUAAAAAGCUAUAAAAUACUCAUUUGAAGAGUAAAAAGAUAGCAAAAUAUUCUAAAUAAACACUUAACUUCAAUAUAACAGCAUCUAGACAUGAAUGAACCGUCUGCUCGUGUCACAAACAUCAUCCACUGAAAGGCAGAGCACACUUAGAAAAGAUAUGUUGACAUGAUAUUUAUUCCAGGAAUUCUGGAAAAUAAAGCGAAGGAGUGUGACAAAAUCAUUUUUUGUCGCUAC